AUGUUUUUGUUCUAUCCUUAUCUGUGUUUUUCUUCUUCAAACGAACAUAGAAUAUCCCACAAUACACUUCGUUACUGUCGAACUGUUAUAAACAAAACAAGUUUGGGUGAUUGGCAUUUCAGAAUGUGUGAUAUGGAUGAUUUCUCAGAUGAUGGCACUGAUGAACUUCUUUGUUCUCUUCCUAAUGACGUUUUCUCAGAAGGGAAGAAUGGCAUUGAAAAAGAAAAAACAACACCUACAUUUCUAGCAAGUAAUUCCUCCUCAGCAGCACCAGAUAUUAAAAAUGUAAUAUUAAGGACUCCUGAAGAAUUUCCGUUUCCUUUUGAGCCGUAUGGUAUCCAGUUGCAUUUCAUGAAGGCAUUGUAUAAAUGUCUUCAAGAAGGAAAAAUUGGCAUUUUUGAAAGUCCUACUGGAACUGGUAAAUCACUUAGUUUGAUUUGUGGAGCCUUCAAGUGGUUGCGGGACUUCAAAGAACAACAACAGAAAGAAUUAGAUGAAUUAUUGGCAAAGAAAAUUUGUGAAACCCGUGUCAAUAAUGAACCAAAAGAACUUGAUUGGAUAACAGAAUUUUCUAUAAAGAAAAAAACAGAAGAAGAAUUGAAACAACUUGAGGAAGAGAAAAAAGCAUUAACUAAUGUUGAAAAUAAGCUCGGACAUAUGAGGGAGAGAUAUCACAAGCCUUCCAAAAGAAAGUGUCACCAACUGGAAAGCAAAUUUGAGGAGUUGAAAGACUCGUUUUCAGAUGAAUUACAGAAAGCAUUUAUGGCUGAAAUGAAUGAGAUUAGUAACCAAAAUUCAGCAGAAAAUGGAGAGAAUGAAGAUGUUGAACUUGUUGUUGAAGAGUAUUUCAGUGACAAUGAAGAAAAGAUUAAAUCCGGCUCUGACGACGAAGAUGAUGAUCAUGUUGAACAGGAACAUACCUUAAAAAUUUACUAUUGCAGUCGAACACAUUCCCAGUUAUCUCAAUUUGUCAGAGAAAUUAUGAAGAGUUCAAAGUCCAAAAGUGAUCAACCUAAAAAGAGAAGUAAAACCAAUAAUUGCCCUUUCUACAAAGUGGAACAUAUUGAGGACUUCAGAGACAGAGUUUUGGUGGAAGUACGGGACAUUGAACAACUUGUAACUUUGGGAAAACAGAUGAAAUCCUGUCCUUAUUAUGGCACACGUUAUGCAAUUCCAAAUGCUGAGAUAGUCCUCUUACCCUACAAUACUCUUUUACAUCGAACCACACGGGAAUCUUGUGGUAUAAAAGUCAAAGAUAAUAUUGUCAUUAUUGAUGAAGCUCACAAUCUCCUUGAGACAAUUAAUAACAUCCACAGUGUGGAGGUAACUGGAGCACAGAUGUGUCGUGCUCAUUCACAACUCAGCCAAUAUGAGCAAAGAUACCGGAAUCGUCUGAAAGCCAAAAAUCUUAUGUACAUUAACCAGAUUCUUUUUAUACUUUCCAGAUUUGUCAAUUAUAUUGGAGGGAAAUUAAAUAUUGCUUCUAAUGAACAGCAUUUAAGUAAAAUUGAGUCAAAAAUUAUGACCAUUAAUGAUUUUCUAUAUGAAACCAAACUAGACAACAUCAAUCUGUUUAAGGUUCUUAAUUACUGCAAGAAAAGUCUCAUAUCAAAAAAGUUGAAUGGAUUUGUGGAAAAAUAUCAGCCUUCAUCAGUAAAUUAUGUUCCGCUGAAGGCCAAAGAGCCUGAAAAUAGCCAAUCUGGUGUCAGUCAGUUUCUUAAAGAAUUGAGCGAAAAGAACAAGUCCAAUUUUGAUCAGGUGACUAAAGUUCCUGCCUAUAUUUCUUUCUGGAACUACCUACUUCUAUUCUUUCUGAAACUGUUUGCUUCUAUUCUUUCUGGAACUACCUACUUCUGUUCUUUCUGGAACUGCUUGCUUCUGUUCUUUCUGGAACUGCUUGCUUCUGUUCUUUCUGGAACUGCUUGCUUCUGUUCUUUCUGGAACUACCUACUUCUGUUCUUUCUGGAACUACCUACUUCUGUUCUUUCUGGAACUGCUUGCUUCUGUUCUUUCUGGAACUACCUACUUCUGUUCUUUCUGGAACUGCUUGCUUCUGUUCUUUCUGGAACUACCUACUUCUUUCUGGAACUGCUUGCUUCUGUUCUUUCUGGAACUGCUUGCUUCUGUUCUUUCUGGAACUGUUUGCUUCUAUUCUUUCUGGAACUGCUUGCUUCUGUUCUUUCUGGAACUGCUUGCUUCUGUUCUUUCUGGAACUGUUUGCUUCUAUUCUUUCUGGAACUACCUACUUCUGUUCUUUCUGGAACUGCUUGCUUCUGUUCUUUCUGGAACUGCUUGCUUCUGUUCUUUCUGGAACUACCUGCUUCUAUUCUUUCUGGAACUGCUUGCUUCUGUUCUUUCUGGAACUGCUUGCUUCUGUUCUUUCUGGAACUACCUACUUCUGUUCUUUCUGGAACUACCUACUUCUGUUCUUUCUGGAUGUAUCUACCUGCUCUCCAGGCACCUGAAAAUAUCACUUCUGCCCCUGAAAUGAAUUCACCACUUAUGCAUAUUGAAGGCUUUUUGGAGGCUUUGACAAAUGCAGACAAGGAUGGGCGAAUGGUUCUUAAUAGGAAAUCUUUGCUCAGUGUGUCCAGUAUAAAAUUCCUCUUACUUAAUCCUGCCGUUGAGUUUGAAGUAAUUGUCAAUGAAGCACGGUCAGUGGUUAUUGCCGGUGGGACAAUGCAGCCUGUUUCAGAAUUUAAGGAACAACUGUUUUGCUCAAUUGGUGUUCAUCCAGAAAGAAUUCUAGAAUAUUCUUGUGGUCAUGUAAUUCCGGAUAACCAUUUGCUGCCAAUCGCCCUUGCAACUGGACCUUCUGGACGAGAGAUGGAUUUUACCUACCAAUACCGAGAUCGGCCACAAACUCUUGAAGAGCUUGGCCAUGUCAUCUGUAAUAUUUGCAAUAUUGUUCCUGGUGGGAUCGUGUGUUUCUUCCCAUCCUAUGAUUAUGAAGCCAAAGUAUUUGAUUUCUGGUCCAAAUCUGGAGUCAUCAGAAGAAUAUCUUCAAAGAAAAAGGUUUUUCGAGAGUCCCGAAAACCCGGAGAAUCUGAUGCUGUCCUUGCUAACUAUUCUGAUUGUGUGAAGAAAUUGCGAGGUCCAUCUACCUCAAAUGGCCCAAUGGGAGCCAUUUUGUUCAGUGUUGUUGGUGGCAAAAUGAGUGAAGGAAUUAAUUUUUCUGAUGAUCUAGGAAGGUGUGUCAUUUUGGUCGGACUUCCUUUCCCUAAUAUCAACUCUCCUGAAUUGAAAGAGAAAAUGGAUUACUUGAAUGCAAAUUAUCCUCGUUCUUCUGAUGGACGAAUGCCAGGUCAGAUACAUUAUGAAAAUCUUUGUAUGAAAGCUGUUAACCAGUCCAUAGGUCGAGCAAUUCGUCAUCAAAAAGAUUAUGCCAUAGUUUUACUCUUGGACAGGCGUUAUCAGAAACCAAGUGUGGCUGCAAAACUCCCAAACUGGAUCCGGACACUGCUGAAAAAUUGCAAAUUUGGACAAGCAGUUGGUGCCAUUUCAAAGUUCUUUGCCAGCAAAAAUUAG